GUCAAAGUGGUUUACGUGCGAAGAGAACGUUCGACAAGUUAAGCCAUCUUGCAGUAGGUUAAGUGCAGAGGAGUGAAAUUGGUUGGCGAACGGUGACAAGCUUCUAUCAUCGACGAGAAAAAUAUAAGUGCAAUGGCAAAGCGUGCUCGUCUGCUUGGGGAUGGCAAGAGUUACCAGAUGGGCAACUCAGAUAUGUACGGGAAGCAGCUCAUUGAACAGCUGCAUGGUCAGAUGAUGAACCAGUCUGACUACUGUGAUGUCAUAGUGACCUGUGGGGAAACGGAUAUCAAGGCCCAUUGGUGUGUCCUAGCAGGGGCCCCAUACUUCCAGUCCCUCUACAACAGCGGCCUUGAGGAAAGAAAACACAACAGAGUGCACAUUAAGGUUGACAGUGUCCAGGCGUUGCGGACUGUACUGACCUUCCUGUAUACGGGUUCUGUAUGUUUGGACUCUACCACAGUAGAGGAGGUCCUGGAACUGGCUAACUAUCUUCAGGUUGAUGACUUGAAGAAACUGUGCGAAGACUUCAUGCAUAAUUAUGUGAUCACCAAUGUAGACAACUGUAUCCAGCUGUACGCGAUUUCUGACAUGUACAACCUGAAGACCAAAGGUUUUAUACUUUCAUAUAUUCAAGAACGACUUGAUUUUGUGAUAAAAAGUAAAAGUGCUCUUGAAAUGACACCGGAUUUGAUAAGAAGUCUGAUUGAGGAUCCUGUUUUGAGUUACGUUUCUCGUGAAGAUUUCUUCAAUUUUCUCACAAAUUGGGUGAAUGAAGAUCUUGAAGGAAGAACAGAGCACUUCCAUGAUUUGUUCUGUAGUAUAGCCCUGGAGAAGAUGAGCUUAGAGUUCCUGAAGAAGGAUGUCCUGGAUUCCCCAUUGGUCGAUUCUUCUGAAUUGUGUAGUGCCAAGUGUAGGGCAACAAUCAUGAAGUUUUGCAGUGAUGAAUUUUGUUCUGAUGGGAAAACUGAUGUUAUCAUAGUUACAGGUACAAUAACAGACGAUUGGCCUAGACCCAUGGGGAUGUUUGGUUACAUCGUCGCUGAAAACAGAUGGUGUGCAUUGCCCAAUAUUCUUCCAUGGAUGUUUGAUCUAAGUGAUGUCAAGUUUGCCUUCAACCCGGCAAAGAACUGCUUAUUUGUCAGUAUUCAGGGCGAUGAAAAACCAACAAGGUACAAAUUUGACUUUAAUAAACAAACAUGGACAAAACGUGCCAUUAAGCUUUCACCAAUAGAAGUAAUGAGCAAGAGUGUCGAUUUAUUGAUCGGUUCUAUCCUCAUAAUGGAGAAGGGACACAAGUCGUACAUUGUGGCGAAGGGUGUUCUUGGGAGUGGCAAGUGCAAUGUCUACCUUCUUGAAGCAAAUGAGGAGUUGACAAGGUAUCAGAAAUGCAGUUUGGUGAACGAGAGUCACAGUAUCAUCAACAUCAAAGAAGCAUGUGUAGCCAGGAACAAGUACAUCUGUAUCAUGUUGGUAGAUCAAUAUGCAAGCGAUACGCUCCUUCAAACCAAAGUGUUUGUAAAAAAAGCCUCCAGCAGAAAGCUGGUUGAAAUAACAAAGGAGGUAUCGUUGAAGGGAGAAGGGGCAACAUUGUUUGCCUUUCACAAUAAACUAUACAUGACUCACAAAAUUGACAUCAACAAGGUUCUACACAGUGUGUAUGACCUUCUCCUGGGAAAGUGGAUCAAUUUGAACUGUGAAAAACCCUUGUUUAAACGAUCGGCGAAUGAAAAUUCUGGAUGGGCCACAUGUGAAGACAGGCUGUACAUUUUUGGUGGUCAAAAACGGAGAGGGAAAAAUGUGUUACAAAGCCCAACUGACUAUUCUAUUGCCGUUGAUGUUACCAGUGGUAACACCGAGGAUAUUGCAAAUCUACCGACAGCUCUGACAAACUGCUCGGCCCUACACGUGAGGGUCCCACAGCAGUAUGUCCGUUGCCAUAUCAACUGUCCCCACUGUAAUGCACUUGCUAACGGCACACGGGAGAAUAUUAGUUACUCCGAGAGUGAGAGUGAAGACGAGAUUGACAGCUGAUCCGAGAGUGAGAGUGAAGACGAGAUUGACAACGGGUCCGAGAGUGAGAGUGAAGACGAGAUUGACAGCUGAUCCGAGAGUGAGAGUGAAGACGAGAUUGACAGCUGAUCCGAGAGUGAGAGUGAAGACGAGAUUGACAGCGGGUACGAGAGUGAGAGUGAAGACGAGAUUGACAGCUGAUCCGAGAGUGAGAGUGAAGACGAGAUUGACAGCUGAUCCGAGAGUGAGAGUGAAGACGAGAUUUACAGCGGGUCCGAGAGUGAGAGUGAAGACGAGAUUGACAGCGGGUCCGAGAAUGAGAGUGAAGACGAGAUUGACAGCGGGUCCGAGAGUGAGAGUGAGCACUAGAGUGAGUACGAGUGUACGGAAGAUACCAACUGCAGGUGCGGCUUUUGCCUAUAUAUUAAGUGCGGGGGUAAAGUGUUGUCAGUGAAUAGUAGCUGAUUUUGGACUUUGUCAUAGGUUUGAAAUUGGUGAAUUGAAACCGGUUGAGUAGAUAGUUAGUGGUUAGAAACUAAUCCUGGAGGAAAAUUGUCCGUGGAUGCAAACAGGAGCUGUAACGUUGUUGAAAGAAUUUAGUCUGAAUGUUGCCAGGGUGUAAAGCUAUGUUUGGUUACAGAUGUUUAGUGCUUUCAUCAGUUCAUCUGGGUCUUUGUAAAUGUGUUUUACGUGAGCUAUUGUGGUCAGUCUAUAUCCAGUAUGGAUCAACUGUUAGCCACUUGUCCAUCUAGAGACCACAUUUUUCAUCCUGUGGCGUAAUGGAUUGUUUAUGAGAAAUUUUAGCAACAUUCAAAUUACUUUCAAGCCUUCUUUCGCUUUUAUGGAAAUACAAAUUAACCUUUCCAUUUAGGACCCAAAUACCAUUCAUAUAAUGCCAAUAUUUUCUUGAAACUUUAAGUUUUUUAGACACAGCAACUGACAAAGACCAAAUGUCAGUGGCACAUCAUCUGGCUAAAUAAUUGUAUAUAAGGAUCAUGAAAGUUUGUGAUAAUGUCUGUGGGCAUAAUAUUUCUACAUAUUUUGAUAACAAGAACUCACUUGAAGUACUUCUAAAUUAUGGCCCUUGAAUAAUCUGAAAUUUGAAAAAUUAGUGUUGUCCACUCUUAUUCUAACAGUUUUGGUGUUAUAAUCAUCAAAACUCAAUCAAUGUAACCAAACCUUUAAACAGGCAUAUUUUUUUUGCACUCGUGUUAAGGACUAAUUAUUUCAGUACUUUGCAUCUAAAUAAAAUGUUGUCAAAUUAUAGUGAAUAUAUAGUAAAUUGCACUAAAAAUGUGUUCUUUUCUGCUCCGCCAUAACUCCACCUAUCUUUCUUUUUUUUAUGUUUUGUUGUUGUUUGUUGUUGUUAUGUUGUUGAUGCUGAAAACAAUAAGCACCUCUGAAUUUGUUUUGAUCAUUUUCUUUAUAGUUUAUUGUUCAUAGCGACAAAAAAUGUCAUUUAUCGGUUAAAAACUUCAUGCUAUAAUAAAAGCAUUGGGUUUCUUGUAAUUCUGUGUCUUGCUUAAGUGAUUACAGGCAUCACACAUUGUUGCGCACUUGUUUUGUGUUAUUAAGAAGCCCUGUUGAUCAGAAAGUGCACAUUGAAUGAUGAUAUGUUCAGAACACAAAUACGACCAUUGUUAUUGUCGUGUUCCGCAGAUUAUAUUGCAUGUUUGUUUGUGUAAUUGUUUAAUGGUAUCUAUAUAUCAAAUGUGUAAAAUUAGUUAAUAUAUUUUCUUAUGUAAGCAUUAUUACCCAUAUGUAUGUAUAUCUUUAUGUUAUUUAAUAAUUUGUUAUGAUAAUCUAUGGUUGACAUUUAUUUUAGGGAACCAAAAAUGUAUCAAGUUAUAUAAAUAUGACAAAAUAUGUGUAAGAAAUAAUUAAUGUUUUAUUUGCUCACCAGAGCACAAUGUGCUCAUGGUAAGCUUUUGUGAUCGCCUUUUGUUCGUCAUCCGUCGUCCGUUGUAAAUUGUGCUGCGUCAACAUUUGCCUUGUAAACACUCUAGAGGCCACAUUUAUUUCCAGUCUUCAUGAACUUUGGGCAGAAGAUUGAUCUCAAUGAUAACUUGGAUGAGUUCAAAAAUGGUUAAGUUUGCUUGAAAAACAUGGCUGCCAAGGGGCGGGGCAUUUUUCCUGAAAUGGCUAUAUAUGGCUAUAGAAAAACCUUGUUAACACUCUAGAGGCCACAUUUAUUGUCCAAUCUUCAUGAAACUUUGUAAGAAUAUUCAUCCCAAUAAUAUGUUGGACGAGCUGGAAAAUGAUGCCAGUUGGUUGAAAAACAUGGCCGCCAGGGGGCGGGGCAUUUUCCUUAUAUGGCUUUAGUAAAUCCUUGUUUACACUCUAGAGACCACAUUUAUUUCCAAUCAUCAUGAAACUUGGUCUGAAGAUUUGUCCCAAUGAUAUCUUGGACAAGUUUGAAAAUGAUUCCUGUUGCUUUAAAAACAUGGCCACCAGGGGUCGUGGCAUUUUUUCUUAUAUGGCCAAAUAUUGCUUUAGUAAAACCCUUAAACACUCUAGAUGCCACAUUUAUUGUCCGAUCUUCAUGAAACUUUGUCAGAAGAUUUGUCCCAAUGAUAUCUUGGAUGAGUUUGAAAAUGGUUCCGGUUGGUUGAAAAACCUGGACGCCAAGGGGGCGGGGCAUUUUUCCUUAUAUAGCUAUAGUAAAACCUUGUUAACACUCUAGAGGCCACAUUUAUUGUUCGAUCAUCAUGAAAUUUGGUCACAAAGUUUGUCACAAUCAUAUCAAUGAAAAUGGUUCCGGUUGCUUGAAAACAUGAUCAACAGGGGGCGGGGCAUUUUUCCUCUAAUGGCUAUAUAUGGCUUUUGUAAAACCUUGUCAAUAUUCUAGAGGCCACAUUUAUUGUUCGAUCUUAAUGAAACUUUGUCAGAAGAUUCAUCCUAAUUAUAUCUUAAAUGAGUUUGAAAAUGGUUCGGGUUGGUUGAAAUACAUGGCCACCAGAGGGCAUAGCAUUUUUGCUUAUAUGGCUAUAGUAAAACCUUGUUUACACUCUAUACAGUUAAUUAAAUAUUCUUGAAGUUUAAUGUAGUAAUAUUUAUUUUGCAGAAAAAUUACUUAAGGGAGAAAAAACUGUUCAUGGCUUGAAUUGUUUGAAUUCAAAUCAUGAAUGCACGCUUAAUUACUCCAACUGAUCCUUAUCAGCUGCCUGAACACAAAUCAAUACACAUCUCUGAGUGAACCUUGUUGUUUUAUUUUAUGAUCAGCAACCUAAUUGAUACCUUGUUGAGCUAUUUCUUUAAUGUGUGGCACCAAAGAUAAGAGAAGAUAUCAUUUUUGAGGCGCACAGUUUAUUGAUGAGGUCAGCAUUUUUAUCCCUCCCGAAAUUUUUCAGGUAGCAUAUAGUUGCCAGUUUGAAGUUCCUUACUUCCUUCUGUCACACUUUUGUUAUAGUUUCUCAUAGCGCCUUCAAUAUUUUACCGAUCUCUUACAUAUUUGGCAUAUAGGUACCUUGCAUGGACCUCUACCUUUUGAUGAGGUUUGAGGUCACUGGGGUCAAGGUCAAAGUCACCGAGGCUAAUAAUAGAUUUUUUAUGUCACAAUUUUGUUACAUUUUCUCAUAGCGCCUUCAAUAUUUUACCGAUCUCUUACAUAUUUGGCAUUUCGGUAUCUUGCACGGAUCUCUACCUUUUGAUGAGGUUUGAGGUCUCUGGGGUCAAGGUCAAGGUCACCGAGGCUAAUAAUAGAUUUUCCGGCACACUUUUGUUACAGUUCUCAUAGCGCCUUCAAUAUUUUAACAUCCUCUUACAUAUUUGGCAUGUAGGUACCUUGCAUGGACCUCUACCUUUUGAUUAGGUUUGAGGUCACUGGGGUCAAAGCCAUCGAGGAUAAUAAUAGAUUUUCUUCUUAUAGUGGCUUCAAUAUUUUACCCUCUACAUUUUGAUGAGGUUUGAGGUCACUGGGGCCAAGGUCACAGAGGCUUAUAUUACAUUUUUUAGGUGGUUAUUGUCCUUUGAUAAGUAAUAUGACAAUCUAAAGAAUUUGAUGUCUCUGUGAUAGAUCUCAGGAACUUAUUACCCGAAGUUUAUUAAACCAUGAAGUAUCCUACAUGGUGGGCAUACCUAAAUAUGUCAUAUUGUUCCACUCCAGUGAGUUUUCAGGGACUUAUUGCCCCUUGAAUAAUAAUUAGUUUCCACACAAUUAACACCUAGAUUGACAAAGCGCAUCAUCGGGGAUCAUCCUUCAGUUUCACUGAUAUUCUUGUUUUGUGUGAUUAUCAAAGAUUUGUGUUUUAAAACGGAUUUAUUGAUUUUUUAAUUGGAAAUAUAAUUGCAAUGUGAGUCUAAAAAAAGUUCAUGUUUGUUUAAAAACAAGGCUCUCAGAAGGGUGGAAGUUUUUUUGUAUGUUUACAUUUGUUUUUAGUGAAACAUUGUGAAUACUUUAAGACACAAUUUUAGUUUAAUCUGAAUGACACUUGCUGAGUUCAAAUGUUGUUAUUAUAUCUUGAUCUAGUUUAAUCAAUUAGAUUUAAUAAUAUCAUCUUCAAACAUGGUGACAAUCUGUA